UACAUUUCUUAUAAAUAUACUCUUUCCCUUUAAAAUCAUAUUUUAUCUUACAUUUUUUUUUUUGCAUAUUCUUAUCUCCCUUCUUCACUCCAAACCAUUCUGUCUCUCUCUCUCUCUCUCUGUUUCUUGCAUCUUCUUCUUUUCUCUAUUGCAAGGUAAGAUAAAGAUCCACUUUUCUUUCUCUCUUUCUUUUCUUUUUUCACUGUAUAUGAAUGGUUCUUGACAUGUUAUCGCCAUUUCAUUGCUGAGUUACUCUGGGGAAGCAAAGAUGGCAGAUUGCAACAGAAACCAAGACUUUUAUGCUUCUCAAGACCUUGAGGCAACGUCCAUGAGCAAGAAAUAUGGAGGACUAGUGCCCAAGAAGAAGCCCUUGAUUUCAAAGGACCAUGAACGUGCUUUCUUUGACUCAGCAGAUUGGCAAUUAGGAAAGCAAGGAGCUGGAAUGAAUCAAAAAUCAACUGUGGCAAUAGAAUCUUUGCGACCUAAAUUGCAGAGAACGCCUCAUCAACAACUGCCACCUAGAAGACCGACCUGUACAUCUGGUACUCAUGAGAGUUGAUUGAAUGUGUGACUUCAUGUGUUCAGAGCUUUUUAAUUUAUAAUCAUGAAAUUGUAAACACGUAAUGCACGCCUGAUGUUAAUUACUGUUUAAUAAAGGAAGAGCCUUUUCGUAUUCCAGAUUAAAAAUGUUUUUUUC